AGAUGAUGGAUGAUUCCUCUUGCUCUGAUUACUGGCCUGAGACUCACACUCUUUCAUGGGGUCAUAAUUUCCAAGGAGUUAAUUGCCAAGAUUCACUUUUUCUACUUCCAUUUCUUCCUACUAAUUCUUGUGAUCACAACUCUCCUUAUUUCCCGACAUGGUCUCAACAGUUUGAAGGGUGCUUCUCGGAGCCAUAGUGAACUGAGAAAAGCUGCAGGGGCAGAAUUAAUGCUCAGCUUUCUACUCUUAGAAAACUCAUUCCCAGCUCUGAAAAGAUGGAUAAGGCAGGUCUAUUAAGAAGUGUUGUUGAGCAUGUUAAAGAUAUGAAAGGAAGAGCAAAAGAAAUGAGCAGUGUAUUGAACACUCCAAAUGACAUUGAUGAAGUAAUAAUUGAGGAAGAAGAUGAAAGUUCUACAACCACGAAUAAGGAUAGCACUCCUAUACUUGUCAAGGUUUCUUUUUGCUGUGAUGAUCGACCUAAAUUGUUCUCAGAACUAAACAGGGGUCUCAAGAACAUGAAACUAACAAUUGUGGAGUCUAAUAUAACUAGUUUGAGCGGCAGAAUUAAGUGCACUUUCGCCCUUCAAUCCAUUAAUGGUGUUUGCACUCAUUCUCUCAAAAACUCUCUUAGACUGCUGCUUGCUAGGAUUUCUACUUCCAAUUUUCGAAUCAAAAGCAAGAGGCAGAGGUUCUUCUUGUUGGAAAUCUAG